AACGUCAUAACAAGGGUUAUCAUUCGGUGUGCGAACUUUUAAUUUAUAUUGUUCUUUCCAAUUCAAAAAUGAUGAACGACGAGGAUUUUGUGACCUGUCCUUAUAACAAAUGCCAUCGUGUACUCAAGUCUCGUAUCCAGCACCAUCUUAUUAAAUGCGAAAAAAAUGGGCCAAAGCUUCAAAUAUGCCCAUUUAAUGCUACUCAUCGGUAUCCAGACUAUUUGAUCAAACAACAUUGCCUUAAUUGCCCAAGCAGACUGCCGAAGCCUGAUCAUUCGAAACCGCAAUCUCUUAGUGCUGGAGCUCGUACUACGCCCAGACCUUUACUAGAGACGGAAUAUUCGCCAGAAAACGAUCCGGAAUUCGAAUAUUGGGAUUAAUAGAUCUGACUGCCGCAGGAUGUAUGUAGAAUGAAAGUUGGUAGCUGGCGUUAAUAUAUCAGUGCUGGCUCAAAUUGGGCACCUUGGUGAAGUGUCCAACUCAUUGUUAUUUGAUGUUACACUGCUAGAUGUUAUUUGAACAUGUUUGGCAGUUUUUCAGGUAGUCAGAAGCCAGUAAGUCUGACAACCGAUCUUACCUAAGGGUAUUGGGCUGUCUAUGUAACCGAGUUGAGGAGGUCAGAUAAGCAGUAUCUCCUUGAAAAACACUGGUACUCAGCUGUAACCGGUUAGACUGGAAGCCAACCCCAACAUAGUUGGGUAAAGGCUAGGUACAUGAUGAGCUAUAGAUAUUUGUUUGAAUGGGCUUCAUUAUGCACUGGUGAACAAGCGCCUUCUAACAGCUUUCAGUUCUAUAUGACUUAAGUUACAAUAUCAAUAUUUCUUUUUCAAUUAUUAUUUAGUUCUAAGUUGAUAUUCCAUAGUUAAGAUCCCAAAUAUGCUAUUUGCCUGAAUGGGCUUCAAUAUGCACUGCUGUUACCAGCUUUUUCUACAUGACUUUAGUUAAGUUACAAUAUCAAUGUGCUUUUUCAAUUAUUAUUUAGUUUUAAGUUGAUAGUUAUAAUUCCAAAUAUGCUAUUUGCCUGAAUGGACUUCAAUAUUCACUGGUGGAUAGGCAACUGCUACCAGCUUUCUCUAUAUGACUUAAGUUACAAUAUCAAUAUGAGCCUUUUUCAGUUAUUAUUUAGUUCUUAGUUGAUAGUUAAGAUUCCAAAUAUUUUUGUACAAUGCUAAUUGCAGUCUCGGGUGAUAUUAGAGAUGGCAUGAAAACUGUGUUUUAGAGAAAAAAUUUCUUCCGUAAUUCUCUUCAGGUUCCUAAGUAAGAAGUAGAAUUUAGGUUUUAUGUAAGGAGUCUUUUAUAUUUAAAAGAAACAAAGAUACAAGCUUAUAUCUUUAUUAAGCUAUUCAACAAAAAAUUACUGUUCCCUGACUGCUUCAAGGGGUUAUAAAUUACCAUUCAAAAUGCAGCAACAUCUUAUUGAUUGAUCUGUAAGUUCUUAUAAUUCUAUUUCAGUCCAAAAUAUUGUGCCAUUGUAUAACUUAAAUAGGACUAGACAGUAGAAAACUCCACAAAAUGAUUGUGAUUUGUAUUUAAUGUUAUUUUAAAAAUAACAUUGUAAAUUAGGCUAAUUGAAACUUGUUGAAACUAAUAUUAAAGGUUUUUCUACCAA